AGUCUCCUUCAUUGGGAUAAGCUUGACAGUUUUAUGGAGCACAUCGAAGCAAUGCAACUCUUUGUUGAGUAAAGUGGUGAGAAAUCUCGCUCCAGAGCAAGGUUUUCGCGAUUAAGUGCCUCUCGACAAAUCGUCUGCUGAUACUUGUUCUUUUAAGUUUACGUAGCGGGUAACAGUUAGCUUAGACGACUACUUAUUUCGUAGUUAGCUAACGCUAGCGUGCUAGCUGCAGUUCGAGAGGAUGUCGCUCCACGGCAAAAGAAAAGAAAUCUACAAAUACGAGGCGCCAUGGACGGUGUACGCGAUGAACUGGAGCGUCCGCCCCGACAAGCGCUUUCGUCUGGCACUGGGAAGCUUUGUGGAGGAAUACAACAACAAGGUUCAGCUGGUGGGUUUGGAGGAGGAGAGCUCCGAGUUUGUAUGCAGGAACACGUUUGACCAUCCCUACCCCACCACCAAGAUCAUGUGGAUCCCUGACACUAAGGGGGUUUACCCAGACCUCUUGGCCACCAGUGGAGACUACCUGCGCAUUUGGAGGGUCAGCGACACAGAAACACGCCUUGAAUGCUUGUUGAAUAACAAUAAGAACUCUGAUUUCUGCGCUCCACUCACCUCCUUUGACUGGAAUGAAGUUGAUCCCAAUCUGCUUGGCACAUCCAGCAUUGACACCACAUGUACUAUUUGGGGCCUGGAGACUGGUCAGGUGCUAGGACGAGUUAACCUGGUGUCUGGACAUGUGAAAACUCAGUUGAUUGCUCACGACAAAGAGGUGUAUGACAUUGCAUUUAGCCGUGCAGGGGGUGGUAGAGAUAUGUUUGCCUCUGUGGGAGCUGAUGGGUCUGUCCGCAUGUUUGACCUGCGACACCUGGAACACAGCACCAUCAUCUAUGAAGACCCUCAGCACCACCCACUUCUCCGUCUCUGCUGGAACAAGCAGGACCCCAACUAUUUGGCCACAAUGGCCAUGGACGGCAUGGAGGUGGUCAUCCUGGAUGUACGCGUCCCAUGCACACCAGUGGCUCGGUUGAACAACCAUCGUGCUUGUGUUAACGGCAUCGCCUGGGCUCCUCACUCGUCAUGUCACAUCUGCACUGCAGCUGAUGACCACCAGGCCCUGAUCUGGGAUAUUCAGCAGAUGCCACGGGCAAUUGAGGAUCCCAUCCUAGCCUACACUGCUGAAGGAGAGAUUAACAACGUGCAGUGGGCCUCCACACAGCCAGACUGGAUCGCCAUCUGCUACAACAACUGCCUGGAGAUCCUGCGUGUCUAAAGCUAUGGACACUUCCACGAGUAGGAGAAGGAGCGCUGGCUUUCAGAUUUGGACUUGUUUUUUCUUCUUAUCCCUCUGAUUUCAAGAUGAGGAUGAGGUCACGACUGAACUGUGUGAAGGUGUUCUGAGUAUUGCAUACAUGCGCCACAAUAACCCGUUCUACAUUUUCUUCUAUGUCUUUAUGCCAUUCUUCUUCUAUUCUUCUAUAUGUCUUUACGCUCUUAUUUAUUUUGCUCACAAGGUAGUGUUCAGCAUCUGCACAGCAGCAAUGAGAAGGUUUGAACUCUGAGCCGUUGUCUUUGAAAGUCGCGUUUUUCUACUUAUCAGUGUGAUUUCAGCCAGAUGUGAGAUUAUCAUGAAGGGUUUAAAUGUUGUCUGUUUCAUCUCUUUGACGUACUAAGGUUGAUACAAACUACUGUCGGUGGCAGAUGACCUCUUUAAUAUGUAGGAAUAUGUUGUAACCUUCUUGUGGACUCAUACCAUAUUAUUGCUGAUUCAAAGAUCAGUCUAUUAUACACUCUGUGGUAUUUUAAAUUUUUGAAAUGCGUGUGUGCCCACUAACCUCUCUCCAAAUAAUUGUAUUCAGGCUCAAACGUGUGACCUGCGCAACUUUUAAAAAUUGUAAAAUAACCUGAGAGGGCUUCAUAUUGUCACUGCAGUGGUGUUGAUGUUGUGAGGCAGCCAUGUACAGCAACACUGAGAACCCACCAGAGCAAUGUUGUUCAGUCUCUUAGCUCCCAGAUUAUUCUCUUCUUUUUUUCUUCUUUUUUAAUCUGUAAAAGACUGUGCUUGGAAAGCUUCAUUUUCUUUGUGUUAGGGAGUGAGUUGUGAAAUGAGGAGGGUGAAACAUCUUUCUGACUGUGUCUGUCUGCCUCUCUUUUUGUUGUUUUCCAAUACUUAAAGGGUCAUGUCCUUGUAGCAUGUCAUUACAAGGCAAAAUGUACAUACAUAUAAAUAUAUCAACUUAAAGAUGUUGGUAAGCCAAGUGUUCAUGUUGUAGCUUUUUUCAUAAAGUUUAUUAUUGAAUUUGCUCUAAUAAAUUGUAUUCCUCAGUGUGUUAGGAACAAACA